GGCGGCGCGCUCAGUCGACCAGCAGGUGAGGUGGUGGCCGCACGCGCCCGGCCCUCUGCCGCCGCCGGCACGUGAGAGCGAGCGAGAGACGGACGCGAGUCAGUGAGGCCAGCCGGCCACGGACAGAGGCUGCGCCGGAGUGUCGACCUGCUCCGAUGAGCCAGCCCACGGCGAGAUAGGUGUGUGCGAGCUGACCCGAUGGAGCUGACCGGCUGCUGGCUGGCGCUGACGCUGCUGCUGGUGCCGGGACUCGGCCAGGUCGGCUCGCAGGAGGACGUCGGGCCCGGCCGGCCGGCAGCCACCACCAGCGCACUCUCACUGCCAGCCAGGAGAGACGCCAACGCCACCGCACUGCGCACAGUCAGCGGCUCCCCGGUCUCCCCGGAGCCGCCCAGCUCCACCAGCUCGCGCUCCGAGCCGUCCGACCCCGGCUCCUCCACCGCCCGGCGCUCAGCGACCUCCGGCCGGCCCCGCGGCCAGCGAGGUCAGCGCCGUCAGCGCGGUCGCCGUCAGCGCGGUCAGCGGCGGCGCGGCCAGCGGCGGCGCGGUCCGGGAGGAUCCCGAGGUCCAUCGAGACCUCUUGGCGGAGACUCCAGCGGCUCCUCUGAUUCUCCGGGUUCCUCCAGUUCGUCCGAUCCUUCCACUUCCUCAGAUUCCUCUGAUUCCACCGCCGCAGACUCCCCUAGCGCCCCAGCGGCGGCCGACUCGUCCGGAGCCGCCGGAGACACUACGGGUCGAGGCAGACAGGGCCGAAGGAGACCGGGAGGCUCCGACCGGGGUCGUCGGCACCGCGGCGAGCACUCAGACGACCUCGGACUCUGGAUCGACCCAGACCAGAUCGAACAGUUCUCAGGCUACCGGAUACAGAUCCCGAUCAUCAUCAAGGGGCAGCUGCUGUCGCACAUCAUGGACCCCAACUUCGAGCGAUACCUUCCCAUGAUCCCUGCUGAGGUGGGCUACGUAAACUUUACCUGGAGCUCCGGCCGACGGCGCUACAACUACAGUUUCUACGAGCUGGCCUCUGACGACACCACCGUGCUGAUGCCGCCCAUCGUAUCCAUCAACAGGAGCGGACGGGUGCCCAAGAAGGCGCGCAUGUUCUCCAUCGUGCUGCCGUGCGUCGGAAACGUCUCGGGCGUCGUGUUCUUCACCGUCGGCCUGGACGUGAUGACCCGCCGCCGAGGACGGCGCGUGCGGGGCAUGCCACUCCGACUGCGGCUCAAGAAGGAGUGCCGCAUUAGCCAUGAUCCCGAGUGUGACAAACGCUGUGGCAACGGCGGCUUCUGCAGUGCUGACGGCCAGUGCCAGUGUCCGCUGGGCUACAUGGGCAAGUACUGCAAUAUGGCGCUCUGCUACCCGCAGUGUAUGAACGGCGGCACGUGCGUCAAGCCGGGCAAGUGCGAGUGUCAGCUCGGCUAUCAGGGCCCGCACUGCGAAGGAGGUAUUUGUCAUGAACGGUGUCUAAACGGUGGUAAAUGCAUACAAAAGGAUACGUGUCAUUGUAAGAGAGGCUAUUACGGACCCCGCUGCCAGUACAGCAAGUGUCUGGUGCCGUGUCAGAACGGCGGCCGGUGCCGCGGCGUCAACCGGUGCCGCUGCCGGUCCGGCUACUCGGGCGACCACUGCGAGGUGGUGGCACGCCAGCCGUGUCGCCGCUGCCGCCACGGACAGUGCGUCGGCUCGCGCUGCGAGUGCGACAGGGGCUGGUUCGGACGUCGCUGCAACAAACGUAAGAGGGGCAGGAAGGGACGCUGGCGCAAGGGCCGCCGCCGACACCGUCCACGGACACGCAGCUAGAGUGCAUGCCGGCCUUCGUCUGGCCGGCGGAAGGGACGCCCUCGGCAGCGAGGGCGGCAACGGGGGCGGCAGCGGGGGCGGCAGCGGGAGCGGCAGCGGGAGCGACAACAGGGCAGGAGGAAACCACGCAUCUUCGUCUAGUGAAUUAGCCACAGUCGAGGUCGGCAGCCAGGGAUGUCCCAUCACUGUGAGCCACCCAAGCUGUCCAACCCGCGAUCAUCUGUCCGAAGCCUGCCCAGCACGACUGUCCGGUCCGAGCCUGUCCGGUGCGACUGUCCGGCGGCUGUCGGGUCCGAGCCUGCCCGGCCCGGAGUGGCCUGUGGUCUGCAGCCGGGCCGGGGCCGUCAGAUACUGCCGGCCAGGCCGGUUUAUACAGCACAUAGAUCGCCGUCGGCGCAGCCCGGCCCCGCCGAGCGACAUAUGCGCGGCGAUAUAUGGGGCCGCGCCGGCCGUAUGAACUGCCCCGAGUGGCCGUGCCGCCCGGCUCAUAUCAUGCCGACCAACAUCGCCCUGGUAUGUGACGGUUCCGCGAACUGAGACGGUUCUCACACGUCAGACUGAGGUCCGCGCACGGGCCGGUGACGUGAUGGGCUCGGUGGACUGGGAGCGCAGAACUGUGGCGCCACAGGACCAAAGUGAGUGCGCGCGGCCGGUGAUCGCCGGUGCGGCUGUCGGAAGCCGACCCACCGAGCGUCCUGUGCAGUUGCUGUGUACUGUCGCCGAGCUCUGGUGCAGUGGGGCGCAGGCCCGCGGGUCACUCCCGAUCACCAUGGCUCGCCUACGGACAAUAGGCUGGUGAACGGACAAUGACGAAAGCGGUUGGUGGCACCACGUGUGUCUCUAAAGUCAAUGUGUGGACGUGGUGCUCUUAAUAUGGCAGAGCUGCAAGUGAGCUUGAUGAUAUUUGUAUGGAUUGACGGCUGGCGUUUUGUGUUCGGCCGACGUGCUUGUAUAAGGCAUGAAAUGACUAAAGCUCUUGCAAGUUGCAUUCAUAAACCGAUGUCUACUGUUAAUACACACGGUCAAGCUAAUUGCAUCAGGUCCACGUAAUAUUUGCUUUGAUUACUGUUCAAAUUCUAACCAUGGUUAUGCUAACUAGAAAGUAGCUAUACCAGCAUCUACUGGCAAUUCGUAAAGGCGUGAGGAUAUUGGUAUUGCCACUAUAUAUGUAUGUUAUGUGCAACUUUAAUUAUGUGCAUCUUCAAUAUUUUGCUGUGAUCAUAAGUGUUUCGUGGUGUUAGUUAUGUUGCUUUCGCGACUUGCGUUUUAUUUGACAAAAUGAAGUUAGCAAAUUUG